AUGGCCGGGCAGCGCUCCCCGCCCGCAGCGCCCGCUCCGCGCCCCGGGCCCGCCGGGCGGGACCGCCGCUUCUGCCCGCCCCUGGCACCGCCCCGGUACCGCCCUGGUACCGCCCGGCACCGGCAAAGGCACCGCCCCGGUACCGCCCUGGUACCCACCCGGCACCGGCAAAGGCACCGCCCGGGUACCGCCCUGGUACCGCCCGGCACCGGCAAAGGCACCGCCCGGCACCGGCAAAGGCACCGCCCCGGUACCCACCCGGCACCGGCAAAGGCACCGCCCCGGUACCGCCCUGGUACCCACCCGGCACCGGCAAAGGCACCGCCCCGGUACCGGCAAAGGCACCGCCCGGCACAGCCCCGGUACCGCCCGGCACCGGCAAAGGCACCGCCCGGCACAGCCCCGGUACCGCCCCGGCACCGGCAAAGGCACCGGCACCGGCACCAGCACCCCCCGGUACCCACCUGGCACCGCCCCGGCACCGCCCCAGCACCGGCACCGACACCUCCCCGGCACCGCCCCGGUACACACCAGGCACCGGCAAAGGCACCGGCACCACCCCGGUACCCACCCGGUACCGCCCAGCACCAGCACCGGCACCGACACCUCCCCGGCACCGCCCCCGGCCCUGGUUGA